UAGCAUCUUAUUCUUAUCACUUGACUCAACCUCACGACAACGCAUCAAACACCAUACCUCCUGUAGUGUAGACUGUAGAGAGCUUCUGGGAGCUCAAACAAUGGCGGACUUCGCGCUUGGGCUGACCAAGAUGGCGAUGGAGGGGACAGUGAGCAGGGUGAAGUUGGCGAUUGAGGAUGAGAAGAAACUGAGGGUGAGGGUGCAGAACGACCUGGUGUUCAUCACCGGUGAGUUCGAAAUGAUGCAAUCCUUUCUCAAAGUCGCCAAUGUGAAGGGUGCCCAAAAUGAAGUGGUGAGGACCUGGGUGAGGCAGAUCCGUGACCUCGCCUUCGACGUUGAGGACUGCGUCGAGUUUGUUGUCGACCUGGACAAGAAGACGGCCUGGGGGUGGUUGCGGCGGCUCGGGCUCAUGGUGGUGUCCUGCGACGCGCCACCACUGCCCCUGGACAAAGCGGUCGACGAUAUAAAGGAUAUCAAGGCCAGGGUCGAGGAUGUAUGCCAGAGGAACGUGCGCUACAACCUCAUCGUGGAUUCUGGCUCCAACUCCACCAAACCCAUGUCACUGGCUGAGCAGCCAGAUCGGGCAAAUACAUGCCGAUCAGCAUUCUACAUCCUAAGAGAGGUGUGGGAGGACAUGGGGAAGUGUCGCAGCAACCGCAUGGAAGACCUUGAGAAGUUAAUCAAGAGUCAAGACAGUGAUCUUCAGGUGAUCUCGGUUUGGGGAAGCGCAGGAACAGCUGAUCUUGGGGUGGCGUCCAUUCUCAUGAAGGCAUAUAAUGACCCAGAAAUCUGCGAAAGAUUCAAUACCCGUGCUUGGGUCAAGUUGAUGACUCCUUUUCAACCUGAUGAGUUUAUCAAGAGCAUGCUGACUCAGGUUUGUGCGAGGUCUGGCGAAUAUAACUUAGGUGCAGAAUUCCUAGCAAGGAUGAAAUCGGCAUUGGAUAUGGAAGAUGCUCACCUCAAGGCUAAACUCAUGCGGCAAUUGAUGAGUGGGCUGAGGUACUUGGUCAUCCUUGAACAGGUAUCCACUGUGGUAGAAUGGGAUGUUAUCAAAUCGUACCUACCGGACAGUAACAACGGCAGCCGUGUAAUCGUCUCAACAAAUCAGUUACAGAUUGCACUUCUCUGCACAGGGAAGCCAUAUCAAGUAUCAGAGCUCACGCGGUUCUCUGAUAAUCAAUCACUUUGUGCCUUCUCCAAGAAGUCUGGGCGUGGUAGUGGAACACGUGAACUUAUUUGGCAAAUCAGAUGUCGCGGUGUGACUUCCGUGUGGGGGAGUAAUGGUGAUAUCAAAUCAACUAUCGUCCAUAAAGUGUACACCAGCAUAAUGUACAAGUCCAAGCAAUUUGAGGGAGUGGAAUUUGAGCAGCAUAGCUGGGUUGAUGUACCCGUUCCCUUCAAUCUGGAGGUCUUCUCCCGGCGCUUACUUUUGAAUUUUCGUUCGCAAGACCUCCAAGUCGACGAAAUUGCAGCCGUUGGUAUGAUGAGAGACCCAGGCUUAACUGAAGAGUGUUGUAAAUUCUUGCGUGAGAAUGACUGCCUCGUCGUGAUCAAUGGUCUGCAGUCCACAAAUGAAUGGGACGUGAUAAAGGAUGCCUUCUUAUCCAAGCCAAUUAAAGGUUGUAUCCUCGCCAUUACGAAUGAAGAAAGGGUGGCCGGACAUUGUGUAGAUAAUGAAGAUAGAGCUAUCAGUAUCAAAGAUCUAGAAACAGACCCGGUGCUUCGUGCCUUGAUAAAGGGUUGUCAGUACUAUGAAACUGAAGACAAGGAGGUUUCUCGCAGGGGGCGCUUUUUCUCUGUCAGAAGGGAAGAGGCACGUGACUGGUUCAAGAAGGAAACUAAACGUGCAUUUAACAAUCAUUUUCUUUUAGAAAAUCACGUCACCUCUGUGUGGGGGACUUCCUGUCCGCGGAAAUCCGAUAUUGUCAGAAACAAAUACUAUGCUGAAAUUCUUUCGUCCGAAGAAUCAUUGGAACGGGAGGAUGAAGAUGACCAGAGAACUCACAGACUUCAAGGAAGGAAAUUCAGAAUGUUUAGCUGGGUCUAUGUGCAGCAUCCAUUCAAUUUGAUUAACUUCUCCCGGCGCUUGCUUUUAGAUUUUCAUUCAGAUGAUCUACAGUCCAAGAGAUCUGCAGCAGUUGGUAUUAUGGAAGGCCAAGACCCAAUUCAAGGGUGCUGUGAGUUUCUACGGAAAUACAAAUGCUUGGUUGUUGUUGAUGGCCUGGGGUCCAGGGAUGACUGGGACUCGAUAAGAGAUGCCUUCUUAUCCGAACCUACGAAAGGAUGGAUCAUUGUCAUCACAAAUAAUGAAAAUGUGGCCAAGUAUGUUGUAUCUGAGGAACAGCAUGCUUUCAACGCCCAAGAUCUAGAAGGGGAAACGGUGCGUUUUCACCCGUUGAUAAAGGGCAGUACUAUCCGCGUACUCUCCAAUAGAAGCGAAGAGGCGCGUGACUGGACCAACACAUAUACACUUGUUGGGCAUCAGGCGAAAUCGGCUUAUGACCUUGGAACACUUCUGGCCACGUGCGACGCUGUGAUCUCCGUGUGGGGAAUUGCUGGUGUUGGCAAAUCAACUCUCGUCAGAAGCGUCUUCUGCCACGCAAUGCUUGGUUUGCGGCAAUCAGUCCAGACGGCCGACGGCCGAUCUACCGACCUCUAUGGUCGUCAUGGAUUUACAAUGUUCAGCUGGGUAGAUGUGCCCCAUCCGUUCAACUUGACGGAUUUCUCUCGCUGCUUACUAUUGGAUUCCCAUUCGGAUGAUAUCCAAGCUAAGGAAGCUGCCGCUGUUGGCAUUGUGCAAGGCCAAGACCCAAUUCAAGCUUGUCGUAGGAUUCUGCAUGAACACAAAUGCCUCGUCGUCAUGGAUGGCCUACGGUCCACAGAUGACUGGGACUUGAUAAAAGCCGCCUUCUUACCAGAUAGUACGGAAUCACGUAUCAUCGUCGUUACAAAUGAGAAAAAACUCGCCAUGCAUUGUGUACACAAGGAAGCACAAGUAGUCAACGUCAAAGGUCUUAACUCGCACUCGGCCCUUAAUCUCUUCAACAAGAUGGCUCAGGACUGCAAGGAAUUGACUCCUACGGGUUCAGAGCAUAUCGUAGCCAAGUGUGGCGGGAUUCUCAAAGUUAUAGAUGCUAUUCGCAAACUCUUCGCCAAAGAAAUAACUCCUUCAGGAGGCCAAUCUGAGGGCAUGUCUAGAGAAGCAAAAAAAUUGUUGAAUGAUAUAAAUGGUGACUUUAUGGGAACACUGGAGAAGGACCCAAAAUUCCACAGUUUAAGGGGCUUAUUUGCUUGGAUGCAGUAUUACUUCGAUGCUUUAUCCGAUUCACUCAAGCCAUGUAUCUUUUAUAUGUCUGUUUUCCCUGCAAAGCACAACAUCAGGCGGAGGCGUUUGCUGCGGCGGUGGAUCGCAGAAGGUUACUCUCGGGACACAUCCGAUAAAGUAGCCGAGGAGAAUGGGGAAAGGUUGUUCUCGGAGCUUGUCGACUUGAGCAUAAUCCAGCAUCUAGAGACAAAAUUGUUUUCAAGAUCAUAUGAAGAAAAAGGGUCCAGUGUCUUGUGCCAAGUUAAUGCUUUCUUCCAUGAAUACAUCAUCUCACGGCAAAUGGAAGAUAACCUUGUCUUUGCACUGGAUGGGCAUUGUAGCCUCAAUUCGCAGCAUGCAGGACAGCAUCUCACCAUAAGGAGCAGCUGGGACAGAGAUGAGGUUGUAUUCAGGGGAAUAGAUGUCUCACGGCUAAGGUCGCUGACGGUGUUUGGUGAUUGGAAACCCUUCCUCAUCUCUGAAAAGAUGAGGUUGGUUCGGGUGCUGGAUCUGGAGGAAGCAACCGAUGUGGCAUAUGAUGAUCUUGAGCAUAUUGGGAAGCUACUGCCUCGCCUUAAGUUCCUCUCCCUGCGAGGACACAAGAAGAUCAGCCUUCUACCAGAAUCAUUGUGUGGCCUGAGGCAGUUGCAGACUCUGGACGUCAGAGGCACCUCGGUAAUCAAGCUGCCGCUGGGUAUCUCAAAGCUACAGAAACUACAAUACAUUCGUGCCGGCACCAUCUUGACAAAGGAUGAAGGUGAUGACACAGUUGCAACUUCACAAACAGCAGAUGUGGACCAGAUAUCAACACCAGCUGAGGACACAGCCAGAGUCCAAGAAGCAGUAUCAGAUGGGGUCCGGACAUCAACAUCAUCAUCAUGGAGCAGGCCACAGACUUUGGUAUCCAGUUGGUUGUCCAAGUUCCAGAAACCCCGACAUGAUAGUGGAAGUGUUAAGGUUCCUGUAGGGAUUGGAAGCCUGACGGCCUUGCAUACUCUUGGUGUUGUCAAUGUUGCAGCUGGGAAGGCCGCCCUCAAGGAGCUUAAGAACCUUACCCAAUUACGCAAGCUCGGGGUGUCCGGCAUCAACCGGGAACACUGGCCGGACUUUUGUUCAGCCAUCUCCGGUUAUGCCCAUCUGGAGUCCCUGUCAGUGCGAGUUCAUGAGGAUAAGGAUGGUCUCUUCGCUCGUUUCGGUGACAUCUCUGAACCACCCAAGACCCUCAAGAGCCUUAAGGCCUACGGUCAUGUCCAAAUAUCCCCAGUCUGGCUUCUUCAGCUUCAGAAUAUAAGAAAGGUCAAUUUUGGGUUGAGCAUAUUAACACAACGGGAUAUAGAAGAACAUGAGUUAGAUAAUUCACUAAGCAUUGAAAAUGGGUAUCGGAACAUGUUCCGGGUCCUCGAGAUUGAGUGCACCUCGAGAUUAGAGCUUAGUUUUGGGAAGCGACGUGCUUGGGUCAAGGUGCUAAAGAUUCAGUGCUCCAGUGGCUCGUCUUUGCAGAUUUCUCUCCUAGAGAAUCUAAUUUGGCUCGAGGAAGUGUGGCUGGGCGGUUUCUACCACGAUGAUCUCAAGCAAGACUUGGAGCGCCAGCUUUCCAGCCAUCCAAACGAGCCUGUGCUGAAGACGGAGGAACCACGCUCGUCCUGAUCAACAGAACUGAAAAUUCAAUCAAUGGAUUGGGUGGCGAGGUGAACCAGAUACCGUCAACUGAACCCCGACAGCAGCAGCGUGGGUGCACUAGAAUUUGCAAUUGACACAACGGCGAGACGCUUAAACACUGGAACUUGCAAUUGAUUUGGGUUUUUUGAUCGAGGGAUUUGCAUUUUUUUUACGGGCUUGCCGAACAGGCAA